UUGUGGAUUUCCACUUUUAUAGUAGAAUGAGGAGAAGCGAAGUGAUGAUGAUGACACCGGUUGUUGUAUUCACUUCAACGUGAAUCGACACAGUUGUGUUAAUAUGUUCAUCUUCACGUCAGUGACUUUACUUAUCAUAACAUUCAGUUACACCCAUUCUUUAGAAUAUUUUGCAAAAUGUUGUGAACAUGGAUUUAUUUUUAACGAUUCUAUGAAAUGUGAAUUUAUUCAAAAUGCAAAUAAUGAUUCCCAAUCUUCCAUUUUUAAUGUUACUUAUGGAAUUAUCGACAACAAUUCCACAUGCUUCGACAAAAGUGAUAGAGGGAAAGUUUCAAACACAGAAUCGGAAGUAGACGCUCCAUGCGCUGAUAUUGAUCCCAAUGGAAUACUCAUCUUCCAAAAUUGCUCCUUCAUUCACAGAAACAAGGAGAAUGAGUCGAGAAGUUCUGAACAGUGCAAAAGUUUAUUUACCCCAAUAAAAUUCUGGGGUGCUUCAAUUGUAGUGUUUGCCUCGUUUAUUUACAUCUUCCCUUAUUCUAUCGUUGUUGUUUUAUAUUACAUAAUGCCCGAUCUUCGUAGAAAAGUAUUCGACAAAGUGGUGAUGUGCUUCUGCCUAUCUCAAGUUGGUACCGCAGCAAUUCUAGGUACAUUCGGCUACUUUAUUCUCUAUUAUCAUCAAAUAAUACCCAAAUUAUGCUAUUCAAUUGUUGGUCUAUUCCUCAUGUUUCUAACAAUAUCAUCUGUUCUUUGGAUGUUUAUAAUGUGCUUUGACGUUACAUUGACGAUAACACGAUUCAGAUGGGCGCCAGCAACAAGUAAUUCAACAGAUCAAAAUCGUAAAUUUCGCACCUACGCAAUUUGGGUUUAUUGCGGUAGUUUAAUACCAACGGGUUUCGCAAGUAUUUUCGAAUUAGUGCCAACGGUGUCGAAAAAUUCUCCACUAAGACCAAAUUUCAAUAAUUUUAAUGACACAAAUUUUGCCGUUAUUGGCUACGUGACAUUUAUACCGGCCAUUGUUUUUUUGGCGAAUAAUUUUCUAUUCAUUUACACAUCGUGGAGAAUGUUUCAAAUUCAAAAAUCAACGAGCAUUGCCACUGAGAAUCGAGCCAAGAAAAGUUACAUUACAUAUUUGAAAUUAUAUUUUCUCAUGGAUGCACCAUGGUUGACUGGUGUACUUGGUGCAAUCUAUCCCGAUUUAUGGAUAUUAAAAUUAUUCCGAAUGGUGCAUCCAAUUUUACUAUUAAUGGCAAUUUUACCAAGAAAAAUGGCGAUAAACACUUUUCGUUGUAACAAUAACAAACAAUUGAAGAGUAGUCAGAAAGUGAUUGGUAACGAAAAAAUUCAAAACAAUGUUAAAAAAGAAAAUCCAGCAAUUUCCAUAAAAGAAAAAGUAUAAAAGAGAAAAACUAAAAAUUCUAUAUUUAAUUUCACUUUUUCAA